AGGAGAGGUCCAGGAGAACUAGCAGGGACACACUCCCCCUGUCUCUCUUCAUAGAUCAUCCACCAAGGCGAUCAAUGCUAUCUGUGUCCUGUAGCCAGACCUGAAAACAGAUUGGGAUGGAUCCAGAGAAUCAGCUUCAUCCAAGCAACUUCGGAGUUGUGAGGCCACAACUCCAAUGAUGUGGUCAUCAUUGAUCAUUUUAGUUGUUUUACUAGGCCUGUUUACUUGAAUAUAAUAUGGAUAACAUUACUUUUUAUAACUUUAGAUUUUUCAGGGGAAAAAAAUCAAUAUUUAGCUCUCUCUUUAAGGAUGGGCAGGAUUGCUCUGUUGCUCCUGAGUAGCCAUUUAAAAUAAUUAUUUUUCAGGCCUUAAACUUAUGUAAAUAAGUGAAUGGGUACCCUCUCUCUACCAAACAGGACUACACUCCUUGUCAUGCUGAUAUCAACAGCUAUUUUUAUUUGUUGUAAAAUCCACCCCACGUUCAGGUGUUCUUUUGUCAGUUGGUUGCCAUAGCAUUAGCAAUUCUUCCAUAAGCCUGAAAUUCCAAAAGAAGACAGAAGGAGGAGUUCCAGAUCAGAUGGGGAUUAUCUUGUCACCGGUUGUGAAUUCCAGAUCCAGUCACUUUUGGAAGACCAUAAUGGGGAGAAAGAUAGGCUGGAUGGUGUGGUAUGUCGGAAGCUCUACAACCAAGAACAAAUUACUUAUUUAAUAGAUGUCUUUAUUUUGUAUGCGGAUUCCCCAACAACAUGCAGAAUUAACAUUCAGUAUAACCCUCCUCGAAACUCAGAAUGAAAGCAUUGGAAGUGUUAAAUGUUUUAAGGGUCCAAACUACAAACACUUUCUAUGACCAUUUAAGUCAUCAAAUGCUGAGAAGGUUAUGACUUCACCUUUAUCCUGUGGCUUUUGGGUCUUCCAAAAUCAUCAGGUGAAAAUGUUCACAUAAUUAAUAUUCCCUAAUAGCUGCAUAGCAAGCUGUUGUUGAAGAAAGGCAUGGGAAACUGGUCGCUACUAAUAUCUUUGGUCUCCUCCUUCAGGAGUUGAGUUCUAGUAAGUUUGCACCAUAGAGGAAAUAGCUCAUGUUUGCUUUUGUAUUAGAGAAGCACCAAAGACUUAAGUAACAGAGCUGUGUCAAGACAUAGGUAUUCUCUGCCUUUUUUUGCAUUCAUCUGCAUUACUGUUCUCAGUUUCUUGAAUAUUUGUGAUGUGUGGAAUUUUAUCAUAACACUCUCAACCCAAACAAUUGUGGACAGAUGACAGAAAGGUGAGUAGGUGACUUAUUUCCUCUUAAGACCCAAGAAAAGUCCUGCCUUGUAAAGGAGUGAAGGGGAAAGUGUUUCCAUAACUGCAAAGGAAGUCACUCUGUUAAAAAAAAGUAAAACUUUUCUAAAAGUUGUUUAAAACUAUGUCAAUAUAAAUUCUAUAUUUUCAUAUCUCUGAUUAUUUUGCAGUUGAAAAAGAGGCGUGUCACCUGAAGCACUGGAGAUUUUCAAUUCAACAGAAGGAAAGAUCCCAGUGGGGUUCUGGACCUUAUUGAAACACCUGUCUCUCAGGCCUUGAUAACAGAGGAAGGGGCAGAGGUAGCUGGUCAAACAGAAAAACAUGGUGAACAUCACAGAGAUGGCCUGCUAUAACAAGAGGCAGAGACAGACAGGGCCUGAACAGGUAAAUGACCACAUAGUGGCACCGCUGCAUUCUAGAGUGAACGGCUGGUCUUUCCCUCUCCACUCAUUCCAGCUCCUCACCCUGUUGCUGUAUUCAUACUUGGCUAUAGUGAGCUUCGGUAUCUACAUACCUCUUCUCCCAAAUGAAUGGAGGCGUGUUGCCUAUGUUGUGAUUGGCAUAGUUUUUGUGCAUCACUUAAUCACUCAUCUUAUUGCAGUUACUAUUGAUCCAGCAGAUGAAAACAUACUGGCUAAGAAGAAUUAUGAUAAACCUAUGCCACUUUUUGACAGGAGCAAAUUUAAACAUGUUAUUCAGAACCAGCACUGCUACCUCUGUGAAGUUGACGUUGGACCCAAAACUAAACAUUGUAGUACCUGUAAUAAAUGUAUUGCCGACUUCGACCACCAUUGCAAUUGGCUUAAUAACUGUGUUGGAAGCAGAAAUUAUUGGUUUUUCUUCAAUGCUGUGGUAUCUGCUACUGUUGGGAUCCUCUUACUGAUUUUGAUGAUGCUAUAUGUCUUCAUUCAGUAUUUUGUGGAUCCGGCACAACUCCGCACAUCGCCUCAGUUUGAAAGUGUCCGUGGAAAUGCCACUUGGUUGGUAUUUCUUCCUCUUGCCCCAGUAGAAACAACAGCAGUUGCAAUUUUGGCUUUAGCAACAUUAAGUGUUGUUCUGGGAUCAGCGUCUUUCCUCCUUGUUGGACAUUUACUUGCGUUUCAUCUCUAUCUCUUGAGUAAGAAGAUGAAUACAUAUGAAUACAUGACUCAGCAUCGAUCUAAACAGCAUACGAUACAUCAGGAACUGAACUCGGAGACAACAUCAGACCAAACUUGCAGAAUGGAACCAUUACAGGAGUUACCUAAAGUAUGACAACCAGAUAGCAUCAAACCUUCCUCCAUAUCAGGGACACUUCCUAUCUGAUUUUAAUUACCAGGAAGGGCAUCAGGAAUCUCCUCUGGAUAUUAUUUCCCGUGUGUAACAUUUCCCGAAGAAAUGUUCAGUGGACAAUACGUAUUUCUACAGAAUGACUACAGGAUGUACUUGAUCAACAAAGUUAAAAGGAAAAAUUGCAAGUCAGUUGCAACUAUGGUUGGGUCUAAAUUGACUUCUGAAACUGGCUUUUCACCUUUUAAUAUUUUGAACAUUAUGAUGGUGCUAUUUUUAUGGAAGACUGUUCAUAGUCAAAAGUUACAUGUAAAAAACAUGUUUCAUUUUUGUAAAGUUCAGUGUUGUACUCCAGGACUAUCUGAUCAAAUCUGGAUACUGACAUUCUAUGCGGUUUUACACUUAAGGCUGUCCUUUUCAGUAGCUGGCAGUUUCUAUCUCAUACCAAAUGGUUAGAAGAAGAAGGUGGGCAAGAACCGUCAGGAGCAUGCCUGCAUCAUUCUAAUAAUUUGACAUUAUUUAAAAGACAACAUUGGUUUCCACAAACAAAUAGCUGCCCAACCUUGCCUCUAUUUAUGUGGAAUAACUGUCCUUUAUCCUGUUGUACUUCAAGUAGGGAUAUCCUCAACUGAAGAAUCUGCAGAUAUCCAUGGAUGGCCAUGCACAGAUUAUUCUUUUUAUAUAUAAAACCAAUAACAGCUAAAGCUACAAAGGAGUCUGAAGGUAAACAGAAUCUCCCUAUUCUCACAGAGAGACAGUCAAACAUCCAGAAAAUAUGUAGGAGAAGAUCAUGGGUUUUGGAAGAUUCCUGAAAGGGAACCAUUUUAAGAUUACAAGGAACCAGUUUGAGAAGCAAAAGAACCCCAGACGGGGUAUGGAACUGAGAAGAACCAAAGAGGUUUAUCUGAUUUUCCAAAAAUGUAUUUGCUUCAGGCAUUCCUGCAGAAAGUCCUGCUUCAUAAAAUGCCAGCUGGAAAGUUAGUCACUAUCCCAAAAUUAGUUUUGGAAGAAAAUGUAUAAAUGGCCUCCUUCUGAAAUCAUUUCUUACAAAUAAAUUCUAUGAUUUUAUUGCACCUGAGGGACCCUUUUAACAAAGUGAUUGAAGCAAAAUGUAGGAUUCUGUAUGUCCUAUUUUUAUAUCUAAGACUGGGACUUAUUUCUUUGACAUUUACACAGAAGCAUACUUUUGAUUUGCACUUUUUAUGGGAGAUGGUUCUUUUUUCUUUAGGCGCCUAGAGGUUCUGUAGGGGAUAACAUUAGAAAAAUAAAUGCAUUCAUUUUUUAAUCUUCAUUCCUUUAAUAUGAAUUAUUUAAAAUAAAAAUUAACUCUUGAAAUAUUGAAAUGAAAAUUACUUAUAAAAUUUGUGUUGCAUUGUAACAAUUGUAUAUUGUAAAAUGUCUGGCAAGGAAUGAAACAAGUCCCUUCAAAGGAAAGUAAUUAUAUGAGACUCUAUUACUAUUAUAUUAUAUAAGAACAAUGAUCCCUUGGUUUUGAUUCCAAGACAUCCAAUGAAUACCAAAAUUUGUGGAUGUUGAAGUGACAUAAUAUACAAUGAUGCAGUAAAAUAUUAUCCCUUAAAUAAAACGGAAAAAUUAA